CAUCUAAACUACAAGCCGGGUACAUGGCUGCUAACCCACCGGGACAAGCCAUCCCAAGUAAAGCACGAGUAGCAAUCCUGGCUGAGCUGGAGAAGGAGAAGAGGCGACUCAGGGAGAAUCAGUCCAUGAAUGUCCCAGGAGCCAGCAUCCCACUGUCCAGACCAAACAUGAAGGAGUUCAGAGACAGCGCAGAGCUGCAGCACAUCGCCGCUCAGCAGAGAGCCGCAUUACAGCAUGCUCACGCACAUUCUUCAGGCUUCUUCAUCACUCAGGACUCCUCAUUCGGAAACCUCAUCCUCCCUGUCCUUCCCCGUCUGGAGCCGCAGUCAUGACAUUCGACGUCCUGGUCCACCAUCCUCCUGCAGCACCUCUGAAACAGCAUGAACACAACCAUUGUUCCCUUUGUUUUUAAUUGAGUCUGGUGAAAUUAGACUUAAUU